GGACAAGAAAUCAGGACUCCUACACCUGAAGAGGGGGAGCCCAGGGAGCAGAUACCGUCCAAAGAAACAUCUCCAUCUUCAGAGGUUCCUGUAGAAGACAAUCUCUUUGAAGCUGGCAGAAAAGAUGACCAGAAUCCUGGCACCACCGAUGAUGGUGGAAGAAGCCCAACCAACGCUGAAAAACUCCCAGAGGCCAGAAAGGAAGAAGGUAGUCUUGUACCUGUGGAGCAGGAACCAGAUAAAAGCUUAGAACCGGUGUCCUCCAAAAUUAAGAGGUCCACCAUCAGGGCAGGUUCAACAACAACUCUUGCCUUGGGGAGUGCCAAGUCCCUCAGAAGCCCAGAACCUCCAAGCGAUAGUGAAGGGACCAGUCUAGAGACAGGAAUGGGGACUUCCCAAAAAGAGAGCGAGACGUCCAGGACCCAAACCAGCGUCAGCAGUGCGACGAUGUUCCAGGAGGAAGAUUCCAUGGUCUUGUCCGCCUUCCCAGGGAUGCUGUUUGAGGAGAAGACUCAACCGCUCUCCGAUCACCCUCUCAGCUUGUCAUGGGUCUUUGGCUACAACAGCCGCCUGCCUGUUUUCAACCUUCUGGAUGAAGAUCAACGGGUGCUGUUGUAUGUCUCUGCUCACACCGCCGUCAUCCAUGACAUCUUGAACAAUAAACAGCGCCUCCUGCAGGGACAUUCCAGCUGCAUCUCCUGCAUCUGUGUCAGCGAUGACCGGCGGUGGAUUGCCACAGCCGACCGAGGUCCUGACAGCCUGGUGAUCCUCUGGGACAGCUACUCAGCGAUUCCUGUCCACACCAUCUUCGACAGCCACCCCAAAGGGGGAGUCAGCGCCAUCACCCUGUCUCAUGACUCCAAGUACCUGGCUACCGUUGGAGCCGAAGAGGUGCAGGUUGUUUGUGACCUGCGACGUCAGAGGUCACAUUAAAUUCUACGACGGGGACUUGCAGAUGGUGCACUGGUACAGCCAGUUCAAACUGGGACCCAUCCGCUCUUUCUCCUUCUCCAAAAAACCCGCCUCUCCUGAAGACGUCACCAAGUACCCCGAAUCGUCCACCUUGUCUGGCAAUUUCUUCAUUAUUAGGAAUUUCAUCCUGGCAACUGCGGACGCCGUAGUGGUUCACGUCAAGACGGAGGGAACUCAAGUCACCAAGUGCCUGGAGGAACCCAAGGACGCGGUUCACACCAUCGCCUGCCACCCUUGCAAACCUCUGUUGGCCAAGGGCAGCUACUGUGGCCUUCUGAAAGUCUGGAGCUACCUCCUCAACAAAUACCUCGUCAGCCGAAUCUUUAAAGGCGAAAGCAUCAGCUGCCUCUGUUACAAUCACGACG